UUAAGCCGAUAUUGAUAGAUGUCAGUUGGUUUUAUUUUUUUAAUCUGUUUGUUUCUUGAUUAUUUUAUUUAUUAAUGAUUAGUUAAUUUUAAUUAUUUUUUUAUUUACUCUUUUUCUCUUUAAUUUGUUAGUGAGUGCUUCUUUUCCUUUUUUUGUUUCAAAUGACCCGUGAUCGGUUAGCAGCCUUGAGGGCUGCUCGUGGUGACCUAGCCAAUGAUACCACUGAUGGUGAAGUAUCUAUAAGGCUAGAGGAAAGUCCAAGUUUCAUGGAAAGUUUUUUUAAUGAGGUUACUCAUAUUCAGGAAUCAUUGGACCAUCUUUCAUCACAAAUUGAAGAAUUAAAAAAGAUUUCUGCUGCCAUUGCAUCGCCUUUAAGUGAAAAUGUUGAUGAAAAUUUGGAAGCAUUAAUGUCUUCUAUUAAAAAAUCUGCUACCAAAAUCAAAACAAAGUUAAAAGAUAUUGAAAAUACCAUGGAAUCUAUUGAAGGACAAGAUAAAUCUUCAGCUUUGUAUCGCAUCAGAUUCACUCAACAUGCGGCCUUAUCAAAACGAUUUGCUGAUAUUAUGCAUCAAUAUAAUAAUGCUCAGAUUGAGUAUAGAGAAAAGUGUAAACAAGUCAUCAAAGCGCAAUUAGAGGUUACUGGUAAUUUGACAACUGACGAAGAAUUGGAAGAAAUGUUGGAAACAAAAGAUCCAGAAAUUUUUACCCAACGUAUUCUAACAGAUACUAAAGCAGCAAAACAGACCUUAGCAGAUAUAACUGCUCGCCAUGCGGAUAUAAUCAAAUUAGAAAAGAGUAUAAAAGAGCUUCAUGAUCUGUUCAUGGAUAUGGCUGUGUUAGUGGAUUCUCAGGGAGAAAUGAUUGAUAGGAUUGAACAUCAAGUUACCGAAACAAAAAACUAUGUAGCCAAAGCUAACGAGGAAACCGCAAAAGCCGUCAUCUACCAUAAAAAAGCUCGUCGAAAAAAGACACUCAUUUAUAUCUGUCUAGUUAUAGUUCUUAUUGUGAUUAUAACCGUAGUUACACUAUCUUUGCUAAAUUAAAUUUACUAAAUUUGCACUAAAUGCAGAAAAUUAUUCUAACUUGAUUGUAUCCAAUAUGUAUUUAUUUAUACAUUUAAAUAUUAAUUUUAUUUGUGAAUCAACCUUAA